AACAAACUUGGUUUGUGCAAUUAUUGAAUUUAGGUUAUUGAUAGGGCAAAGAAAGACAAUAAAAUCAUACAAAUAAAAAAAUAGCAACUAAAUACACAUGCAAGUCGUAUAGUGCUAUGUAACAUAGAGAUAUAACAUAAGAGGAGGUCAGGGAAGUGGUUUGAGGAAGUGCUGUACCUACUGAUACAGUGUGUGUGUGUGUGUGUCUGUCUGUCUGUCUGACUGUCUGGAAAUUAAACCAAGGACUCACUCAUCUAAAUAUGUUCUUCACUGAGCUCCAGAUCCAGACCUGAACUGAGAUUCGGAAAAUAGAAUAAACUUAAAUCAAAUGAAGAGAAGAAGACUAACAACAUUGACAGAAAGGAGGGUAGUCCUUGGCUGCUGUAGAUCUAUCUCAGGAUGUCUCAUGGAAGCUUUGGUGGAAUAUUUGGCAGUGUGGUAUCAGUUGUGGAAGAAGGACUCUGGGAAAAUGGCCUUUCCUAUGAAUGUAGGACGCUGCUCUUCAAAGCGAUCCACAAUCUCUUAGAAAGGUGCCUAAUGGACAAGAACUUCGUUAGGAUUGGGAAGUGGUUUGUUCGACCCUAUGAGAAGGAUGAAAAGCCAGUCAACAAAAGUGAACAUUUGUCCUGUGCAUUUACAUUUUUUCUUCAUGGAGAAAGUAAUGUAUGCACAAGUGUGGAGAUUGCCCAACAUCAGCCAAUUUAUUUGAUCAGUGAGGAACAUAUACACAUGGCUCAGUCUUCACCUGCACCAUUUCAAGUUCUGGUGAGUCCAUAUGGCUUAAAUGGCACGCUAACAGGCCAAGCAUAUAAAAUGUCAGACCCAGCCACCCGCAAAUUGAUUGAGGAAUGGCAAUAUUUCUACCCGAUGGUGCUAAAAAAGAAAGAGGAAUUGAAAGAGGAAGAAGAGUUGGGAUAUGAUGAUGAUUUCCCCGUGGCAGUAGAAGUAAUUGUUGGUGGUGUUCGGAUGGUCUACCCUUCAGCUUUUGUAUUGAUCUCUCAGAAUGACAUCCCAGUUCCUCAGAGUGUUGCCACUGCUGGAGGCCAUAUUACAGUUGGGCAGCCGGGGCUUGGUAGUGUGAAGGACCCAAGUAACUGUGGGAUGCCUCUGACCCCUCCCACCUCUCCAGAGCAGGCCAUCACAGGAGAGAGUGGAGUUAUGCAGAGUGCUACCAGUCACCUGGGUUCCCAAGAUGGGGGGAUGUUAACUAUGCACAGUCCAAAGAGAUCGGGGAAGAUUCCUCCAAAACUCCACAAUCAUAUGGUUCAUCGAGUCUGGAAGGAAUGCAUCCUCAACAGAACCCAGUCCAAGAGGAGCCAAAUGUCAACUCCAACUCUUGAAGAAGAGCCUGCUAACAAUCCUGCUACCUGGGAUUUUGUGGAUCCAACCCAAAGAGUCAGCUGUUCUUGUUCCAGGCAUAAACUUUUAAAACGGUGUGCAGUAGGACCCAGUCGACCUCCCACAAUGUCUCAACCAGGGUUCAGUGCAGGACCAUCAUCAUCAUCAUCUUUACCACCUCCUGCUUCUUCUAAGCACAAAACAACAGAAAGACAAGAAAAAGGAGACAAGUUGCAAAAGAGACCCUUGAUACCCUUUCAUCAUCGGCCGUCUGUGGCUGAAGAGUUAUGCAUGGAACAGGAUACACCGGGACAGAAACUAGGGUUGGCAGGGAUGGACUCCUCCUUAGAGGUGUCUAGCAGUCGGAAGUAUGAUAAGCAAAUGGCCGUGCCUUCCAGAAAUACAAGCAAGCAAAUGAAUCUGAAUCCUAUGGAUUCACCUCAUUCCCCUAUUUCCCCUCUGCCACCAACACUCAGCCCUCAGCCACGAGGUCAGGAAACAGAAAGUUUGGAUCCACCGUCUGUCCCUGUGAAUCCAGCCCUCUAUGGAAAUGGGCUAGAACUUCAGCAGUUGUCUACUUUAGAUGACAGAACUGUCCUCGUAGGCCAAAGACUGCCUCUGAUGGCAGAGGUCAGCGAGACAGCCUUAUAUUGUGGGAUUAGGCCCUCAAACCCAGAGUCAUCAGAUAAAUGGUGGCAUAGUUUUCGUCUCCCAGCCAGCGAUGAUGCUGAGUUCAGGCCUCCAGAGCUCCAGGGUGAGAGAUGUGAUGCCAAAAUGGAGGUGAACUCAGAGAGCACUGCACUGCAAAGACUCUUAGCACAACCUAAUAAACGGUUUAAAAUCUGGCAAGACAAGCAGCCCCAGAUGCAGUCACUCCACUUCCUUGACCCGUUGCCUCUGUCACAGCAACCUGGAGACAGUUUGGGAGAAGUCAAUGACCCAUAUACCUUUGAAGAUGGCGACAUAAAAUACAUCUUCACAGCAAAUAAGAAAUGCAAACAAGGGACAGAGAAGGAUUCCCUGAAAAAGAAUAAGUCAGAGGAUGGAUUUGGUACCAAGGAUGUCACUACACCAGGUCAUUCCACGCCGGUGCCUGAUGGGAAAAAUGCCAUGUCUAUUUUCAGUUCUGCUCCUAAAACAGAUGUCCGGCAGGAUAAUGCAGCUGGCAGAGCUGGCUCCAGUAGCCUUACGCAGGUGACAGAUUUGGCACCUUCCUUGCAUGACUUAGACAACAUCUUUGAUAAUUCUGAUGAUGAUGAACUUGGGGCUGUAUCACCUGCACUGCGCUCAUCAAAAAUGCCUACGGUUGGGACGGAAGACCGACCUCUUGGGAAGGAUGGAAGAGCUGCUGUUCCAUACCCACCAACAGUUGCAGACUUACAAAGGAUGUUCCCCACCCCUCCAUCUUUGGAACAGCAUCCUGCAUUUUCUCCUGUGAUGAAUUAUAAAGAUGGGAUCAGUUCAGAGACAGUGUCAGCAUUAGGCAUGAUGGAGAGUCCUAUGGUCAGUAUGGUUUCAACACACCUCACAGAAUUCAAAAUGGAAGUAGAAGAUGGAUUAGGAAGUCCCAAACCAGAGGAAAUAAAGGACUUUUCAUAUGUGCACAGAGUUCCACCCUUUCAGCCUUUUGUGGGAUCUUCCAUGUUUGCUCCACUGAAGAUGUUGCCGAGCCAUUGCCUGCUACCUCUGAAGAUACCUGAUGCCUGUCUGUUCCGGCCUUCGUGGGCAAUUCCUCCUAAAAUUGAACAACUGCCCAUGCCCCCUGCAGCCACUUUCAUUAGGGAUGGCUACAAUAAUGUGCCUAGUGUUGGGAGCCUAGCAGAUCCAGACUAUCUGAACACACCACAGAUGAACACGCCGGUGACGCUGAACAGCGCUGCCCCAGCCAGCAACAGUGGGGCAGGAGUCCUCCCAUCUCCAGCGACCCCUCGCUUUUCAGUCCCCACACCACGAACCCCCAGAACCCCAAGAACUCCCAGAGGUGGGGGCACUGCCAGUGGUCAAGGGUCUGUUAAAUAUGACAGCACUGAUCAGGGGUCACCAGCCUCUACCCCCUCUACCACACGGCCCCUUAACUCUGUGGAGCCUGCCACCAUGCAGCCAAUUCCUGAGGCCCACAGUCUUUAUGUCACCCUGAUUCUCUCAGAUUCUGUGAUGAAUAUCUUUAAAGACAGAAACUUUGACAGCUGUUGCAUCUGUGCCUGCAACAUGAACAUCAAAGGGGCAGAUGUUGGGCUCUACAUCCCUGAUUCUUCCAAUGAGGACCAGUACCGCUGCACCUGUGGGUUUAGUGCGAUUAUGAACCGCAAACUUGGCUACAAUUCGGGACUCUUCCUUGAAGAUGAGUUGGAUAUUUUUGGGAAGAAUUCUGAUAUUGGUCAGGCUGCAGAGAGGCGCUUAAUGAUGUGUCAGACCACCUUUCUUCCUCAGAUGGAGGGAGCCAGAAAAUCCCAGGAGACACCCAUAAGCCUUCUUCUUCUCCUUCAGAAUCAACAUACACAACCUUUUGCUUCUCUGAGUUUCCUGGACUAUAUUUCCUCUAACAGUCGCCAAACUCUUCCCUGUGUAAGCUGGAGUUAUGACCGGGUACAGGCAGACAACAAUGAUUACUGGACAGAGUGCUUUAAUGCGCUGGAGCAGGGACGGCAGUAUGUGGAUAAUCCCACUGGUGGGAAAGUGGAUGAAGCUCUGGUGAGAAGUGCCACUGUGCACUCUUGGCCUCAUAGCAAUGUGCUAGACAUCAGCAUGCUCUCCUCUCAGGAUGUGGUCCGCAUGCUGUUGUCCCUGCAGCCCUUUCUCCAAGAUGCCAUCCAAAAGAAGCGCACGGGCAGGACCUGGGAGAACAUUCAGCACGUGCAGGGACCACUCACCUGGCAGCAGUUCCAUAAGAUGGCGGGACGUGGAACCUACGGUUCAGAAGAAUCUCCUGAGCCGUUACCCAUCCCUACCCUGCUGGUAGGCUAUGACAAGGACUUUCUGACCAUCUCGCCAUUCUCCUUGCCCUUUUGGGAAAGGCUGUUGUUGGACCCAUAUGGGGGCCACCGUGAUGUUGCCUAUAUUGUGGUGUGUCCAGAAAAUGAGGCCUUGCUCGAAGGAGCCAAAACUUUCUUCAGGGACUUGAGUGCUGUAUAUGAGAUGUGUAGGCUUGGGCAGCACAAGCCCAUCUGCAAAGUGCUACGUGAUGGCAUCAUGCGUGUGGGAAAGACCGUGGCACAGAAGCUGACAGAUGAGCUUGUGAGCGAAUGGUUUAACCAGCCUUGGAGCAGUGAGGAGAAUGACAAUCAUUCCAGACUCAAACUUUAUGCGCAAGUUUGCCGCCAUCACCUAGCACCUUAUUUAGCCACUCUGCAGCUAGACAGCAGCCUGUUGAUACCACCUAAAUACCAGACCCCACCAGCAACAACACAGGGACAAGCUCCGCCUGGGAAUGCUGGGCCUUUAGCUUCAAAUUCAGGAUCAGCAGCUCCCCAAGCUGGCAGUGCAUUCAAUCCCACCUCUAAUGGUGGUUCUACAAACCCCUCAACAAGUAGUUCCACAUCUGGUUCUUCCGUGCCCCAGGUCUCGUCAUCUGCUUCUGCUCCGGGUAUUAACCAGAUGAGCACUACCUCUUCCUCAGGACUCAGCGGUAGUGUUGGAGGGCAGAACCCCAGUGUUGGGGGCAGUGCCACGGACAGAACCCAAGGGAACAUGGGCUGUGGUGGAGACACUGAGCUUGGGCAGAACUCCUCCCAGCCCGUGCAGGAUGGACAAGAAAGUGUUACAGAAAGGGAGAGAAUAGGAAUUCCCACGGAGCCUGACUCUGCAGACAGCCAAGCCUACCCUCCUGCUGUUGUGAUUUACAUGGUGGACCCAUUCACCUACACUGCAGAGGAAGACUCCACUUCUGGAAACUUCUGGCUCUUGAGCUUGAUGCGCUGCUACACAGAAAUGCUGGAUAAUUUACCUGAGCAUAUGAGAAAUUCUUUCAUUCUCCAGAUUGUGCCUUGCCAGUACAUGCUGCAGACAGUGAAGGAUGAACAAGUUUUCUACAUUCAAUACUUGAAGUCCAUGGCAUUUUCAGUGUACUGCCAGUGCAGGCGACCUCUGCCUACACAGAUCCACAUUAAAUCCCUCACAGGAUUUGGGCCUGCAGCCAGCAUUGAGAUGACCCUCAAGAACCCUGAGCGGCCCAGCCCAAUCCAGCUUUACUCCCCUCCCUUUAUAUUGGCCCCAAUCAAAGACAAAUCAAAGCAGACAGAGCUGGGAGAGAACUUUGGUGAGGCCAGCCAGAAGUACAAUGUGCUCUUUGUGGGCUAUUGUCUAUCCCAUGACCAGCGCUGGCUCUUGGCUUCCUGCACUGACCUCCAUGGGGAGUUAUUAGAGACCUGCGUUGUGAAUAUUGCUUUACCAAACAGGUCCCGGAAGAGUAAAGUAUCUGCACGUAAGAUUGGACUGCAGAAACUGUGGGAAUGGUGCAUAGGCAUUGUGCAAAUGACAUCGCUGCCCUGGAGAGUUGUGAUUGGAAGACUUGGGCGCCUUGGCCAUGGGGAGCUUAAAGAUUGGAGUAUCCUCCUUGGAGAAUGUUCACUACAGACAAUCAGCAAACAGCUCAAGGAUGUGUGCCGGAUGUGUGGAAUCUCUGCCGCAGACUCUCCUUCUAUCCUUAGUGCCUGCCUGGUUGCCAUGGAGCCCCAGGGGUCCUUUGUAGUGAUGCCAGAUGCUGUCACAAUGGGCUCUGUUUUUGGCCGAAGUACUGCACUGAACAUGCAGUCUUCUCAGCUGAAUACCCCUCAAGACGCGUCUUGUACACACAUCUUGGUGUUCCCAACAUCAUCAACCAUCCAGGUGGCUCCAGCAAACUAUCCCAACGAGGAUGGGUUCAGCCCUAACAAUGAUGAUAUGUUUGUUGACCUUCCAUUCCCAGAUGAUAUGGACAAUGACAUUGGCAUAUUAAUGACUGGGAACCUCCAUUCCUCUCCCAACUCCUCCCCAGUUCCCUCCCCAGGCUCUCCUUCUGGAAUUGGUGUGGGCUCUCACUUCCAGCACAGUCGGAGCCAGGGUGAGCGUCUUCUCUCGAGAGAGGCACCAGAGGAGCUCAAGCAGCAGCCCUUGGCCCUUGGGUAUUUUGUGUCAACUGCCAAAGCUGAGAAUCUCCCCCAGUGGUUUUGGUCAUCAUGUCCCCAGGCUCAGAACCAGUGCCCUCUCUUCCUAAAGGCUUCACUACAUCACCAUAUCUCUGUAGCACAGUCGGAUGAACUUCUCCCUGCCAGGAAUUCUCAACGGGUUCCACACCCUCUGGACUCCAAGACCACAUCUGAUGUUUUAAGGUUUGUUUUGGAGCAGUACAACGCACUGUCCUGGCUCACGUGCAAUCCAGCCACCCAGGACCGUACUUCCUGCCUUCCCGUCCACUUUGUGGUGCUCACUCAGUUGUACAAUGCCAUCAUGAAUAUACUUUAAUUGGAAAGCACUUGUUCUCUCUGGCUCAGUUUCUUCUCCCGCAGCCUCGGUCUGAGGAACCUGCUAUACUUUGCAAAUAGCCCACAUCCUUUUCUUCAGACCAGUCUCCACAGUCCCGCACUGUGAAGCCCUCAGCAGGCACAUGUUCAUUCUGCAGUGCUCAUGACCACAGCGACUCCUUGACACUUCUCUCAUGGACCUGGGAACUUCCAUAAGCAGUGACUUUCAGCCAAUGUGUGGUGUGUGCAGCCCCCCCACCCACCCCAGCCACUGGUCCACAGGAAGUAGUGGUUGCCAGUGGCUUUUAAGAGGGAAACAGAAGAGACAGUGUCCUUUUGCACAAGAGUCUGUGUUUUCAGCCUCUGCUUAAAAAUGAGGGCCACAGAGCCCUUUGGAUGAAAUCCUCUUGUUUUUGAUGUAUGGCCUGUGGGUUAUCUGAACUCCAUUCUCUGGGACUUUUUAAAAAUAACCAGCUCAAGUACAUGAUUUCAUACCGGGGUCUCCGUCUCUCAAACGCUCCCAUCCAGAUUGGCAUGAAUGCUUUGGUUGACUUCAUACCUGUGUGUAGAUUUGAAAGGUCUGGAGACUGCUUCAUUUUAUUUAUUUUAAGUUGUUUUGGUCAUUUGUUUUUGUGACUUUCUUUUCACUUUUUGAUUCUUGAGGACCAGGUACAGUAGCUGAAAGCCAACUCAGAUCCACCAUAGGAUUCUUUGACUACAUACCUCUGUCCUAGAAGCCGGAAAAAGAGUGAAAACAAAUCGGGGAGACCAUGCCUAAAACGUCAUGUGUUCAUGACCACCCAGCAGUAGAUCUUGUUAAGAACACACUGGGUUUUAGGAAUUCUGCCACGCUCAGUGAGCUGCCCACGUUGCGUGAAGGAUGACACUUUCACACCAAGGCAGUCGAGCUCUGUCCAGAGCCGUGGAGGCAAGUACCUUAACUAGUUUUAUAUAGUCACAAUGGAAAUAUAUUUUCUAGUGAAUUCUUAUCGAAAGCCAGUUCUCUCCUCUCAUUAGAGCAAAAGGGACUCAUGUACAUAUCACAGUGGAAAGUGUUUGCUCAUAAAAUCAGUUAUAAAUAUGGUGAAUAUUUUCUGGACCAUAGGAAUAUUAUUUCAAAGAAAUAUUACAACUUAACCAUUAAAUUAGUACUUGAAGUUGAACCUUCAUGGUGGGACUUUUAAAAAAAAAAAAUGCCUUUUUAAAGCAUUAAUGGCUAAUUGAAGUAUUUUAUGACUCCUCCUUCCAGGCCCAGAGGGUUGUCUUUGAGACCCUGUUUCUAACCCUUGUGUUGCUGUGUGUUUCUGUCUGAGGGCGGUAGCGGGCAUGGACCGGCCUCCCGGAGCCACUUUGACCAGGCCUUGAGCUCUUGUCAUCUGUGGAGAGAAUCAUGCAGAUUUUAAAAGUUCUUCCAGGAGACUUCCAUGUCCUGGUUAUUAACAAAAAAAAAAAAAAAAAAAAAAAAAGGAAAAAAUGUAAUAAUUGAUAUGAUUUUGUAAAAGUAUUUUUCUUGAAAUAAUCUAACGUUUAAAACAUUAUAUUAAAAAAAGUUGUGUGGUGGGAAUGUGAAAGCAGAGAAAUAACUUGUAAAUGGAUAAUUUUGUUCUCUGUGCCACCAAUUGAAGGGGGGAGGGAUCGACUUUCGCAAUGUAUAGGUUAAAAAAAUCUGAUAUAUCAAACCAUUUGUAUCUAAUGUGUACAGUGUAAAAUUGACUUUAAAAAUAUUGCAGUGCUAUUUUUUCUUAAUCAGAAAGGAAAAUUCUCAAGGCCUUUUGAAGAGCAUAAGAUGAUGAAGAUUGUAAACUUGUAUAAAAUUAUCUUGGUGAGAAGACACAUUGUAAAGUAGAUAUUUGUAAUCUUUUACCACUUUGGGGUUGCUUUUUUUCCCAGAAUUCAUCAGAACUUUGAAUUUUUUUUUUAAAUGGGCUGUUUUUAAUGCAGGGGCUUUUCUUCCCUAGAAACCCAAUUCUAAGCAGAAAAAGGAAAAAAAAAAAAAGCAAAAAAAAAAAAAAAAAAAAAAAACAACAAAAAUUUUAAAAAGGCAGCAAAGGGUAGUUUUCAUCUGGUGUCUUUUAUUUAAGUUUUUUAAGUUAAGAAAAGCUGGUGACAUAUUUAUACGUUUUUGUGCAAAAAUAAAUGAAUGGCAAUAGAUUUUAAAAAAAUCUUAUUAUGUACUUCUGUGUGAAAAAGUCUGUAUAAUAUUUCCCUUAAAUAUGCAUUAUUUUACUUGUGAGUUUUUUUACUGAAUUAAUCUGAAAUGUACAAGCCCUGGAUUUGCUACAGAGUGAAAAGUUAUUUUAUUUUUUUUUUUAUUUUUAAUUUUGGAAAUUCUGCAGAAAUCAGAACUCUUAACCAUGGUUUGAACUAAAAAGGGGCAGUGGGGAGGGGAGAAGGGUGGGAUUGUCCAGCAUGCUUGUAUGUAUAUUUCAGAAACUUUUUUAAAUGUAAAAGCUGUACAUUUCUGGGAAGUUCUGAAUUUCUUUUUGUUUUCUUUUUUCCUUCAAGCAUUUUGCAGUGAGCUUCUUUUAUAUAUAGCAAACAAUUUGAAAGAAUACAAAAAUAUGUGAAGUUCAUUUAAAAAAAAAGACUACAGUAUAGCGCUGGUACAGUACACUAAAAGACUUUGAUAAAAAGAAACAAUAAUAAAAGGCCUCCAUUUUAAAUGUCAUUCAUAUAUACCUUGUGGAUGAGAGCUAUAUACUUUUACACACUUUUUUAGAGGAAUAAAUUAUUGAAUUACUGAAACUUUGAGUGGCUGUUUUCCCUCCCAUCCUGCCUUUGUAAUGAAAUUAUCUACACCUGUCCAAAAGGUGUAUUUACUAUGGAUUGAACAUAGAAUUUACUGCUCUAAUCACACUGGCAGCUGUUCUGAAAUGGUGUUCUUGUAUUCCCAUCACAAGUGCAUUCCUAGAUCAGUUUCUAGACGUGAAUACACGCACACAGCCUUGAACUAGGAGCCCUGGAGUUUAAGUCCCUAACCGUUUUGAGUAAGUCAGGUCUCACAGUGUUUCAGGCUAUAAGAUCGUGACCAAUCCCAGAACAAAUUACAAGACUAUGUUCAUAUUCUACCGCCUUUCUUUUCACAGUCCCAGCCAGUUUCUUUUUGAUUUUCCUUGGAGAUAGCAGCAAUGUCUCUCUUGCUGUUUUGCUUAUUUGCAGACUGGUGACAGUAGCUUGCCAUCUGGCACACCACACACAGGCAAAUCCCUUGUUGACUGCAUACCGUACUCUCUGUUGCUCUUUCCUCUUUUGGUCCAUCCAUUAGGAAAAAACCCCUCAUUCUAGAAGGGGUUUAUUCCCUAUCAUGCCCUGGUGGCGUCUCACUGAAAAUGGACAAGCCCCGAGAGUUGGCAUAACUUAAAGUUGGCAGAGCAUUGUCUAAAUUUAGAGAGAAAGCCAUUGAGAGAAGUCAGCCCCCAUUAUUUCUUCCAUAACCAAGGGACAAGAGACAUCUUGUGAGAAAUACUUUGCAAACUAAAAAGCGGUUCAUGUUAUGAUAGUAACAUUGAAGAAAGAAAAAAACGAGGCCAAGGUUUUGGUUAGCAGAUAGUGCUUGUCUCCAUCUCUUCCGAUCACCACUGCCUUAUACGUAUAGUUCUGUACAGUGUUUGCAACUCUGCUUGCCAAAAGAAUCCCUAAAGAACCACACAUUUCCCAGAUCCUAUGUAAUCUGGUCAUAUGAUUCUUGUGUCAUCUGAAUAAUCAGAAUUAGGUGAUAUUUUUAUAAGCAUUCAUUAGCUUGGAUACUUGGCUCAUAGGUUGGCUAGUGCUUUACCCGGCAGUUAGUGUUGGUUCUAUUUACAGUGGAAGGUUUUCACAACUACCACUGUCUGCCCCGAUUCAGCAACUAUAGCCAGAUCUCUCUGAGGUAGGAAAAGUUAUUUGUUGAAUGCAGCAACAUUUUGAAAGUUAGACAUAAUUUUGAGCUGGUGCAUGAGGAGCCAGCAGUGUCUGGCCGGGUCCAGUGCUCAGGCUCUGCUUCACAUAGUCCAUCCGCUCCAACCCGGAGGUGGCAUACUUACGUUCCUGUUCUUUGGGAAAUCAUGGGGCAAGGGAUUUGUUUCUAACUCCUAUUAAAGAGCCAAUAAAAAAAUCAUUUCCGUUCAGGUUGUCAGUAGAAAAUUUUAAAAGCAGACUUCUAAGACCCACUCCUGAGGCCCAGGCCACAUGACUGAAAACUGUCUUUGCUGCUUGUCAUGGAUACAAUUCAAGCCACUCUUUACAAAAGCACAUGUCUUUGGCUUUUGGAUUCACCACAUGCUAGAAUCCUAUCAAGAUGUGAUUUUAACAUAUUACCAUGUUUUCUUGGUGUUAAAUGAUGCUCUUGUUUAUAUCCCCUUGACAAAAAGAUCACUCUAACAGUAACUAUUUCAUAGAAAAUUCCCUUGUGCUAGGUAAUCACAGGGAUGCCAUGUUUGCCCAGGGCAUCCAGCUCUGCUUGGAACCACACGUACCCAGCCUUCCUUCCCUGGGUUUAAAACUCCAGGUCAAGUUUUAAAAGAUAUUUUUUUGCCACUUACUGCUUCUGGCUAGAUCUCUGAAGUAAGGAAGCAGGUGAGAAAGAAGAUGAGGAAGUGAGUCUGACCUCAGCAAGGAGGCUGUGUAAGACUCAUUUCCUGCAGACAUGUUAUUUUCCCCAAGUUACCUUGAGAUGGGAAGACCCAAGGACAGACACUGGGGAUAGUCCCAUUUUUUUCUCCCCCAACAAGCAGGGAAGUGAGAAAAGCAAGUUAUGUUUUAAUAAUCUGCUAAAAUAGCAUGGUCUGGGCUGUUAUUGACAGAGGUUAGACCAAGUCUGUUCCAGAGUGUACGGGAUGUCCCCCGCCAUUCACAACAGGCAGAUGGGAUCGGCAGAGACCCUAUUUUAAGCCUUUGUUACCUUGCCAGUGGAUUAGGCAUGUUUCAAUCUACCCGUUUCACAAAGCCAGGCGAUAGGAAAACUGGCCGCCAUAGGCGAAGACCAGAAGCUCUGAGGGGAAAAAGUUCUCACACAAGGAAAUGUUUGCUUUAGGGAAAAUCAACUUAAUUUAACAUGUAAAAAUAGCAAUUGUUGUCUUAUUUAAUUUGAGCUUGAACGUUUUUCAUUAAACAUUUUCAAAUUAGCUCUCUUAUUUAAAUCAUAUUUUAUUCACUUAGGGCUCUUGAUGUUCUUAGUAAUUUAUAUGCUUUAUUCACAUGAUUAAUUUCCUGUCUGAUCCUUUUAAGUACAUGGUUUCUUAAUUAUAAAGGAAGGAGACAAUGUGGAUGUAGUUUUACAUACACAUCAGUAUUUUUUGUAGGUAUUUCUUGUAUCACCACGAAGUUGAAAAAGUUUUACCAAGUGUAGGGGUUGACAUAUUUUCUUCACAAGAUGAGCCAGUGAACUUACUGUCCAUAGUUUAUGACAUUGGAGAGGUGUUAUUUUACAUGACAGUGUCUUUAUGUUGGCCCAGGACUGGAUGUGGCUUAGGAGUUAGGCACCCAGGAAGUAUUAGUGAAAUACUGGUGAGGCUGUUCAGUGAUCAGAACUAUUUGCACCUCAAAAAUAGGAAACAAUUUACCAGCAAAUUCGUCAGAUUCUGACCAGAUUCUGCUGCUUUUGGAGGAAACAAUUUGGAAAAAUUCAGAAAUUUCUUUUUCUGUUGAUUUGUGUUUUCUAUUUCUUCUGUCAACUUUAUUAAUUUAGAAUUUUACAAGGAAAAAGUUGAGUUGUCCCCAAGUAUUACUAUGCAAUUGUGCCGAAUACUCCCUGAAUUUUGAACCUGUGGUUUUUGGUGAAGUGUCCUCUUUCUCAUUUCUGACAAUAUUUAUGCAUUUUCUUUCUUAAUGGAUAUUUUUCCUAGCAAUUGCCUAUUUUUAGAUUUAUAUUAUCCCCCCCCCCCCGCCCCAAAGAAACAGCUCAUUUGAUUUGACAGUUCUGCUGUUUUCAUUCUGGCUUUUGUCUUGCUAUUCCCCCCCCACACCCUUGGUUUCCUUGAGAAUUUUGUUUCAUGUUCCUUGAAUUUUAAUUGUCUGCUUAGUUAAUUUAUUUUCACUUUUGAUAAUAUCAGCAUUUAUAGCCUGGGGGCUCUGGAAGUGUGAGGCCCUCCACAAAUCAUAUACAGAAUUCUUCACAUUCUUGCAUUUUCUAGAGAGAGAAAAUGUCUGUGUCAGGUUCUCAGAGAUGCCAUAAAAGGUAUAGAGAUUAUUGAUCUGGCUUUAUGUUUAAGUUGAUUACAUCCUAGAAGUUUUGUUGUUUUAAUGGUCUCAUUUUAUGUUUACACCCUUGAUUUUUUUAUUUCUAUUUUGUUCUACUUUUUUUUUUUAAGAGUUCUUUUGGAGUUUAAAGUAAAAAGACUGUCAUACUCGAAUAUUUAUUCUCUUAUUCCCAUGUAACCUAGUAGUGAUCUGUUUUGGCAAAUAUUCUCUGAAACCUUCAAAACAAGGUGUGCUCUAUUGGGCAGUAUUGUUUGACAGAAAUGUAAUGUGAGCCAUAAAUGUAAUUUUAUAUUUUCUAGUAGCCAUAUUAAAACAGCCAAAAGAAACAGGGGAAGUUAAUUUUAACAAACAUUUUACUUCAUCAACAUGUUCAAAUAUUUCAACAUAACACCAGUAUAAAAAUUAUCAAUGCAUGAGUUUGCAUUCUUGUAAAUUCAGUUUGAAAUUUAUAGCACAUUUACAUUGGGAUGUUAAAUUCUCAGUGAUUAGAGUAAAAUGUAAUUCUACCAAAACAAAAGUUGAGUUUAGGGAAAAAAAAAUUUACAUGGCUUCAGUUUUUUUAGACUCAAAUUUUAACAAAUGCAAUUGACUAAUUAGUUCCUCAGUUCAUACACACAUUUCCAAAUGCUCAGCAGCCAUAUGGGGCUAAUGGCUACACAUUGGACGGUACAGCUAGACGAAAGAUUUUAUAUCAGUGAAUUCUGAGUAUAUUUUCCAUAUCUCUGCGCCCUCGUGGACUCAAGCUCCAACACGGGCGGAUGGCAGGAGUCAGCAUAUCCCACUGCAAGUUUGGGCUGUCCUCUCUCCCCUUUGUACUUCAUUAUUGGUGCAUAAAGGUUUAAUGAUGUAUCUCUGUUAAUGUUUAUCUCUGUAUAAUGACCCUUUGUUCGCAUUAUACUUUUUGCUUUAAAUUAUCCUUUGCUAUUAAUAUUGCCAUCCCUCUUUCCUUUGAUUAGAAUUCCAGUAUUAUAUUUUUGACCAACCAUUUAUUUUCAGCCUCUGUCAUGUUGUGUUAGGUGUAUUUCUUUAUACAAGUUGUUGCAUUUUAUUUCUUAAAAUUUUUAUUUGAAUAGGGUAAUUUCUACCAUUUGCAUUUUCUGUUCUGUGUUACACUUUGACUUGUCAGCCAAUUUUUAUAAAUACACACAUAUUUAUUUGCUUC